UGGAAGACUUUCUUUUUGUGUUAUCCUGAAUGCUGCAACUGGAGUUUUAAAACAUUAACCAUAGAGCAAGAAACAUGGAGACACACAGUCACUAAAUUCUGAGUUCUUCAACAUCUGACGUGUGAAUUGUUAGAUGAAGCUUAUGAAAUCUUCAGAGCAGCAGAAUGCAACAGUCAUUGGAGAGUUCAUCCUUCUUGGAUUUGGGAACACAAAGAACCUGGAUACUCCCCUCUUUUUGCUAUUUCUGAUCAUUUAUAUUGCAACUGUAUCUGGAAACAUUCUCAUCAUCACACUGGUUAUGGCAGAGAAGCAUCUCCACACUCCCAUGUACUUCUUUCUUUCAAAUCUAUCCUUCUUGGAGAUCUGCUACACUACAACUAUAUUACCUAAAGUGAUUGCCAAUUUUCUUACGGGAAACAAGACAAUUUCUCUUUGGAGUUGUAUUCUACAAAUGCACAUUUUUUGCACUCUGGCAGCUACAGAAUGUUACCUCUUGGCAGCAAUGUCAUAUGACCGUUAUCUAGCCAUUUGUAGACCCUUGCAUUAUGUCACACUUAUGAAUUGCAAAACAUGUGUUUUGCUAGUUUUAAUGUCAUGGAUAACAGGAUUUGUGCUUAUCAGUGUUUUGACAUCAUUGCUGACACAACUCAUGUUCUGUAAUCAAUACAAAAUUGAUCAUUUCUUUUGUGAUUUCACACCUUUAAUACGACUUUCUUGCAGUGACACUUGGGUGAUUGAAAGUGUUGCUUUGGUAACAUCAUGUUUAGGAAUUCUACCUACAUUUUUUAUAACUGUCACAUCUUAUGCUUUUAUCAUCCAAGCAAUUAUGAAAAUCCAGUCUGUGAAUGGGAGACAAAAGGCAUUUUCCACUUGUUCUUCCCAUCUCACUGUAGUCUCCAUUUUCUAUGGCUCUUUAAUGCUUGUCUACAUUGUGCCAACAACUGACACAUUCAAAAAUCUGAAUAAGAGCUUCUCUUUCCUGUAUUCUAUUCUUACGCCCAUGCUCAAUCCCUUUAUUUACAGUUUGAGAAACAGAGAGGUAAAGGUAAUCAUUAGAAAUACUCUGCGCUAAUUUCAGAGAUUUUUAUAAAUACUUAAUGGUGUGUGUGGAUAUUUGCAUAUUUGUCUUUGAGUCAAUCUUGAUUCCUGGUAGCUACAGAACUAUGACUUCUGAUUAUCUCAAAUUUUAACUACAGCAGCAAAAUAACUCACAUUGAAUAUUAAUACAUAUCGUAUAAAUAUCCUUCCACUUAUAGUUAAAGUAUAAUUUAAAUUCUAUGAUUAAAUGAAUUUAGUGGAUUCAAUGGGUUUUUAUUACUUCUCUUCUUUUCUUACAGUUUUCUC